AUGCGUUGCCUUAAAGACGUACCCGAUGCCUCCCUUCGGACCCGGCAGCUAGUUGUGUCGGAGCCGGCUGGGAGCUCCGUCGUUCGCCUUGCGCCCGCUAUUGGAACCGGACAAGACUCUACCUCGAACUGCCACAAGCCCACAGCCCAUCGUAUUUGCCCCUGGGAGUCUAUGGCGACAGAACGCUUUUCAUCUUCUGGCGGCGGUGAUGCGACCGAACUUCUCGGCGCCCAAGUCGCCACAUCCCCUGUCACUAGCCUCCCUAUGCCUACUAACGCACGCCCGGAAGCCCGGCGUUUCUGCAUACAGUUGUACGCAAAGGGCCGGUCUGACACAGCACAAGACCAUAACCGAUUUGCAGACUUUGUCACCGAGAACCUUGGGCAUCUCGGACCCAGCUGGGCCAUUACUGCGGAGCCGCCUCCCGCCUGUCGGAGGGCUCCUCAAGAGAUUCUCCUGGUGCAGAAGUACCGCCAGCGUCAACAGGCUGGGAGUAACCAGACCAAUGCAGCUAUGAGAUCAUGGCCGGCGCCAGCGGAUACCACCUGGUCAAGGACUGUUUGGAAAGACCUGGAGAAUCUCGCCAAUGCCUUUACAAACGCAGCCUCGACUCCGCCGUGGGUACGAGGUCAACUACGGACGAUUGCCCAGGCGAGACGUGCUCUACUCGCGUCCCUUAGACCACUCGAUGCCGCGUUCAAUGAGGCCAAAGGCUGGGUGCAGGCUUGGUCUACUAGGGGCAAGGUUACGGAUACCGGAGAACAGCUAUCCUCUGAGGAAGUAAUCCAGUUCGCUCAGCUCAUCGGAAGCUUGUCCCGCAGCGCAGACGAUACAGCCGCUGUCCUGGACGUUCUCUCACCGUUACUCGACGAAAGAUACAUCCUGCCCGAAGCAGCCAAUACUUUCUCGGCCGUCACUGGCGCUGUAGUUGCCCUGGCCGUGGCUUUCUUCUGGUGGAACCCUGUGGGUUGGACUGCGGGCGCUUUAGGGACUGCCGCAUCGUUCGUCGCUGCGCACGGCACGGCAUCGGCCGUGACGAUCGGUGCCGGCGGUGUCACGGCGGCCGUAUGUGGUCUCAAGGCCAAGAUUGGCCAUGAUCAACGCAGGCUAAUGGACGAAGUUCGCAAUGCCAAAGCGACAUACCAAGAUCAGAAGAACUACGUUCUGCGCACUCUCGUCCUUAUCCUUGUUGGGGAAGAACAGUUUCAGCAUCUUGGGCACCAGGAUCAGAAAAAUAUUUGCGACAGAAUGGGCAUCCAGAUUAGCCUUUUGGGAGAGAACGGAUUCAAAGCCGGGGCGCUCAAGACGAUGUGGGAGGAGCUGGAGAAGGCUUACAAUAGCUACUGCAGUAGCCUUCGCGCAGCGGCAGUCGUUAUUGAGUCGAGUCAAGGCGGGGAGUAG